AUGGCGGAUGAUUUAGACAAAUUCAUUGAAGAUCAGAAGGCCAAGUUGGCACAAGAUAAGGCAGAACUUGAAAAUGAUCCACCUUACAUGGAAAUGAGGAAUAAGGAAUCGGAGAAGCUUUUUGAGACUAGCAAAAUGUUAAUCUCCAUGGCUAAAGAAAAUAUACCUCCAAAUAGUCAACAGAACUAUCCUUUAGGUGACUGUGGCUUGAGUUUACCUCUUGGAGAAGAAUAUGAACGAAAAAAACAUAAACUCAAAGAGGAACUUCGACAAGAUUAUAGGCGAUAUCUUUCUCAGGGUAUUUCACAGGCAAAAAGAAAGAAAAAUUAUCUGACUACUGGUGAAGUAGAUCCAUAUACUCAGGGAUUAUCUCUUCCUAUUGAUGAGCGAAGAUCUGCCAAGGAGAAACUACGGCUUGAAAGAAACAAGGAGUACAAUCAAUAUCUCAGGGAUAAAGAAGAAUGGAAUGAAAGGCUAAGGAAAUUAGGGAAGAAAAACACAGAGAAUGAGAUGGGCAGGAAUAAAAAAACUAUUGCUGUUACCACGCUCCAGCCAGAACGACAAACAGAAGUACAGCCCUGUAAUACAGGUGCAGAACAUCCCAGGAAGGAUGCCUUUACUUCUACAGAAGGUUAUGAGGAGCUGCUAAAUAAGAGAUGUCUGGAGGAAGACAGGUAUCAUAGGUUAGAUGAUGAGGUUGAAUUAAGAAGUCGACUAUUAAAUAAAAGACUUGAUGAAGAUUUGGAUGUUCCCAAUCGAAGACAUCGUGGAUUUGCUAGCCAAUCUGUAAUUCCUAUUAGGAAGCAUCACAGACUUGAUGAGGAUUGUGAUUUUGGUAGAAGAUACUACAGAACGGACCAUGAUCCUGAGAUAAGUGAAGAAAUGGACGUUAGAUUUAGAUGUGAAAGCUCUUAUGACAGAAAAACUCCGGGCGUUUUUUAUGCUGAAAGGCCCUUUCUGGAUGGAAUAGUAAGAGAUCUACCUGCAGAUUAUGAAGACGACUUAAAGGAGAGAGCACAUCUGCAGCAGAUCUCAAGAACUGGAAAUUCUAGAAAUCAGGUACAAAUUAGUUCUUCAGCUAAUGAACAGGCCAAGGCUGCAGCUGAAACGCCCUAUGGGACAGGCCUUGUUCUUGGUGGUCAGGACCGAGAACUUCUCCAAAGGAAAAAAGAGAAAUACAGGCAAGAACUAAUAGAACAGAUGGCUGAGCAACAGCGAAAUAAGAGACGUGAGAAGGAACUUGACCUCUCAGUUGCUGCUUCUGGAGCUCGAGACCCAGAAAAAAAUCCAAAUAGACUGAAGCAGUUUGGCUUGACAGCGAGAGCUUCUGAAGAGAAAGUACCUCCUGAAAGGCCUAGGGUGGCUUUCCAAACUCCGGUGCCUGUCUCUUCAGCCUCUCCAGUGAAUGAAGACUUUCACAGGGGGCUAGCCAGCACUCUUGGUGAAAUAGCAGCGCCCAGGCUUGCACCGAUGCCACCGCCUCCACCUCCAGUUUUGACAGACAACUAUAGAACACCUUAUGAUGAUGCGUAUUACUUUUAUGGGGUUAGGAAUCCUUUGGAUCCCAAUCUUGCAUAUUAUGGUUCAGGUAUGAUGGGAAUGCAACCCACACCUAAUCUGGAUCCUCCUUUAGGCCAAGCCCCAGUAGAACAAUCUGUAAGUAACACUGGACAGAGGAAUACAGGAGACAGACAAAGAAGCAUAGGAGUAUUUUCUGAAGAAAAAACAAAGCCUUCCAAAGAGGCAACGUUAUCUUAUCAACAAGAAUUACAACAGCAGAUAAGAGAGAGAGAGGAACGACGCAGACAAGAGAGAGAGGAGAAGGAACGCUAUGAAGCCAAGUUAGAAGCAGAAAUGAGGAAUUAUAAUCCCUGGGGAAAAGGUGGUGGUGGUGCUCCUCUCAGAGAUGCAAAAGGAAAUCUGAUAAGUUUUACAUUUGCACAGACUUCUCCUUUUGCUCGAGGUAAUGUGUUCGGUGAACCACCAUCUCCACAGCAUCUUAAACGACAAGAGUCAUACAAGAACUUUCUUCGUCUACAGAUUGAAGAGAAGAGACGCAGGGAAGAAGCAGAGCGAGAAAAACUUAGAAUAGAAGAAGAAAAAGAAGAAAAACGACUAGCUGAACAGAGGAUGAGAAUUCAAAAAGCAUAUGAAGAUGAACAAGAAGAGAGAAGAAAGAAAGAGGAGGAGCGAAGACUGAAAAAUAAAGAAAUAAUUCGAUUAGAUGAAGAGAGGCAAAAAGAAGCAGCAAAAAGAAGAAAAGAAAAAGAAGAAAAGCAAGAUGAACAACUUAGAAAAUAUUUUGAGAAAGAAAAGAUGGAAGAGGAAAAGAAGAUGUUUUCAAGGCAGCCUUCACCCAUCAUUACUGCUCUUCAGAACAAAUCAGUAAGAAAAGAAGAAAGGAUCCCCUCUGCUGAGAGCCAUAUAUCUUACUAUCCACAAGAUCCUCCACCACCAAGGGUUCCUUCUCCACCUGUCCCUGCUAGAAGAAAUCAGUUGCGUGCCUUUGAGGAAAGAAAGAAUGUGAUAAAUGAAUUAUCAGAGAUGAGGAAACAACUUCGUAGUGAAGAGAGGCGACUGCAGGAACAGUUGCUAAAUGUGGCCAGUGAUGAUGAUGUACCGAUUACACGGAGAGAGAAGAAUCCAAAGGACAUAUUUGAGAUGGCCAGGCUUCGUCUGCAGGCUCCAGUAAGGCGACCUUCAUCAAAGGAGGCACAAGAUCCUGUCAAUAUACAGAAUAUCUGGGAAUUUAAUGAACUUAAAUACAAAGAUUCUGAAACACGUAUGGGCUUGAGGCACAUGUAUCCUGAUCCUCCAAGAGAUGAUCAGACUCUAGAAAUCCAACAGCAGGCGCUGUUGAGGGAGCAGCAGAAGAAACUUGACAGAAUGAGAAUGAGGAGAGAAACAGAAGCUGAUUUAAAUACUGUGUCUUGCACAGACUUGAAGAAAGGAAUUGCACUUAAGAAUGAAUCUAAUGAAUUCUUGAAAAAUUCCCUGUUGGAAUCAGAUAGCGCUUUUAUCGGUGAGUUUAUACCUCCCCUUAACCAUGUUAUGAGUGCUAAUGGGGAAACAUUUCCUGCCUUAGGAGAAGUUGAUUUAUCACCACAGCUUCCACCUUCUGCAAGGGAGAGGAGACGAAUAAAGCAGAAAGCUUUGGAGUGUGCUGAGGAUGUACCACCAGGCCAGACACCGUUGCUGCAGCCUGACAGCUUUUCUUUGCACUCAAGCUUCAGUCUCGAUGCUGAUCAGUUGAAAGGCAAGAAUGAAGAACGAUUGCGCAGACUGACUGAGCUCCAGCAGAAAUCUGCUUACUUAG